GAGGAUUUUACGAGCAUCAGUGAACGCAUCACAGCCGAGCAGAAAUAUUGCGGAAACGAGAGAGAGAUGAGAGAGUGGGUUUUUAGGGCCAAACCUAAAGCACACAGGCAAAUCUUUUUGUCUUCCCCGUUCUCUCUUGCCUGUAAUACUUAGCACACAUGUCAUUUAGGCCAUGCCUACACGUUUUCUCUUAUGCCACCAAAAAAGAAAUCAGCUGUCAACAUUAGAGGUUAUGGACCCUAAGUGUUAUAAAAGAUUUCCAUUUGAUUCUUUAUCUUUUGUUGAACUUACACUUCACUGCUGUAUAACCAGUAGAUCCUCUCCUCUAUUAUGUGACCUGUUUGCAUGCUUGCACAAUUAUCAUGUGAUGGGAAAGUAUACUGUGUAAAUGUGAGAAUUAACUAUGGGGAAAUAGACGUCCACAGGGUUUAUUAUUGUCAGUGUUGGAGAGGAGGAUAAAAGGAGACCAGAUAUUAUAAUAUUAUAAUAUAUAAUAUUCUGAGCACUUCUCUGUGACAUUCAAACGCAGUGACUGCUCCAUUUUACAGGAUUAAAACUUUGUUAAACUUGAGAUUCCAUCUUCCGAUCAAUGGCUUCCAUUCCUUUUAACAGUAAGUGAUCAAAUUAAAUUAGUUAAAGUCGCUUUUUACUGGAAAAUAUAAUGUCAACUAAUGUUAGUUCAUCAUUUUUGCUGGUUUCAAUCAGGAAAAACAUGUAUGUAAAGAUGAUGAUGAUAUAGUACAGACAGUCAUUUUAACUUGUCACACAAAUGUUCAUGAGUGACUUCACCUCUCCAUGUGCCUGCAAAUCCCCGACCUCACACUUCUCACCCGUUCUCUCUAGCCCCAAACUCACUCUUUUCCACAGCAAAGCCCCCCACACUGUGACUCAACUUCAAAAGUCCUGUCCCGCUGCCCUACUAUUGGUCGUCAUGGAGGUCUCCAUGGCAACCGGAGGCCGAAGAUUUUGACCCGGUCCCAUUGAGAUACAAUAUCUCUACUUCCAGGGGAGUCCUGAUCAAUUGUCUGGGGAAAAAAUCAGUGAAAAUCACUGCAGCCCGAAGCCUUUUGGUCUGGAUUACACCACAUCACAUCACAUCAUGGAGCCCAGGAUCAAGUGGAAACAGUAAAAUAAAACUGCACACGUUACAUCACGUACUGCACAUGAUGGAGAAUUCUAGAAGAGUUGUUUCCCUCACAGGAAUACAAUGCAGUCCCAGGGCAGCACUUCCUCUCAGCCCUCCUUCGAUUCCCUGAGCUCCGGCGACAGCCUCCUGCUCAGUGACUCGGAUCAGGUGGAGGAAGACACCGACGUCUUCCUGACGGACAGCUCGUCCGCCUCGGGUGGGGCCGCUGCCAACAGAGACGGGGGAUCUGAAAGUCCCGGGUCCCAGUGGACGUGUGACGGCUUCACGGAUAAAGAGGAAGAGGAGGAGUCAUACAGGCUGGAGAGUGCCGGCAAAGCGGCCAACGUCAGCUUGGACAAGACGGAUCCCGCAGUCCAGGUCCCAAAAUCAGAGGGAGAUGUGCUAUUUGCUCAAAAGUGUGCUGAGCUACGGGGUUUUGUCAGGCCUCUGCUGGAGCUGCUGAAUGGACUGAAGAAGGGUCGAUUUGACCGAGGUUUGAGCAGUUUCCAGCAGAGCGUUGCCAUGGAUCGAAUCCAGAGGAUUGUGGGGGUUUUACAGAGACCCAGCAGCGGGGAAAAGUACCUGAACACUCUGCUGCAGGUGGAGAUGAUGCUGAAGCUGUGGUUUCCUCAGAUCACCACUCAGUCCGGCUCCGCAGCCUCCAGCGUUGCCGUGUCCCCCGCCCACUUCCUCCGAGACACGUCCAGCUCCACCCCGCCACACAAGCACCGGGACCAGCUACAUAUUCCUGUCAAGAAGCGUAGGCUCAGCUGGACAGGUACAGACACUCCCUCGCCCUCCCCGGGGCUUCACAGGUGCCCUGGUAUCAGAGCAGAAGAAAAGAGGGUGAAGAAAGAUCCAGAUGAGAAGGUUGAUGCUCCUCCUCCUUCCCCUCCAUCACUGGCACAUGACGCGGAUCACAAUCUUCCAGAUGUUGCCGGUAACAGCCAGCAGACUGAGGACACAAAGGGAAAAGACAGUGACAGUGACAGUGAAGAACCAGGCAAGCUAACAAACUACAGAGCAGGUCAAAGCUCUGAGCCCAGCCUGACGUGGGUUCACGUUGCGCCCAUCCUGUCCCCACGAAAAGCCUGCCCUUCACACGAGGGGUUGCCAGUGGCAGGUAACGCUGACAACCAGCCUGUCGCUCCCGUCCCCCCACCGAGCAGGAGGGGCAGCCCCGCUACGCAAGACAGCGCGAUCUCCUCAACAACACCCGCCAAGCACCCCACAAAUCUGAAGAAAUCCAUCGGGUGCCAAAGCCAGCCUGUUUCUGGACAACAGAGUGAGAGCAAGACCGUCGCGGUCCGUGAGGGUCAAAGCCCGUCUCCUCCUGUCACGCCGAAGCCUUUGCCCAGGGUUUGCCCCGCCCCUUUAGAGACCUGAUGCAUCGAAGAAGCGACGAGCCGGCAGCCUGGCUUUGAUACACCACCGAGCUAAACGCUGCAGUGAGAGGAAGAAGGGAAGACACUGGCAUUGGAGAAACAAGCAGAGAAAACAAAUGUAGAUGCUUUAGAUUACAAACAAGACGACAUAAUGGAUUUCCAUUCAUCAAAUGUAGUUGAUAAUCACUAAUCUGUAAAAGUACAAAGGUGGGCACAAAGGUGGCAAUGACCAAUAAGAGAAUUUCCAUGAGCAAAUGCUAGUUCCUCUUCAGCAUGAAAAGAAUAAACAAGAAAUGGCAGUGUGGAGGAUCAUCCUCAAUCAGAAAUAGAGCUGAUGUCAAGGAUCAGAAUGAUGAGUUAAAUCAAGUUUAGGAUUCAGUCCAGAGUGGAUAACACAGGGUGAGCUGAAUCCAGUCCAGUUUUACUGUAGCCUGAACUGAGGGCGAAACGAUGACGUUGGAAAAUCUUCUAACUUGUGAUGUGAAAUGCAAUGAAAAGAAUUCCGCAUUUGUACUGGACGUGUGGAGUCAUAGGAGACAGUGGAAAAAAACGAUGUCAUCAACCCAAGAAUGUAAUCCAAGAACUGUCCCGGGCACUUGGCUGGCAGAUCAGUGGCAUGGCAUCAAAAAGGAGUGACAUCACGGCGACCAGAGGUCACAUAACUUGUGUUGUCGUGCUGUGGGUCGGACGUUUCUGCCCACUCUCUGGCUGCAAACUGACCAAUAAUCAGGGUCAGGAAAAUCCAAGAAAGCCUGAGGACCACUUAAGACACAUGACUCUUUAAUCCCACACUUAAUUUAUUCAUGUGUUGAUCUGACACUGUUUUUUAUUUAUUCUUUGUUUGUAUUUAUUUAUUGGGCAGCUUUGUGUAGCCUCCUGUGCACUUGCACAGUCUGGGCUAUGAUUGUUUUUUUUCUUUCUCAAGGUGACUGGUAAAGAUGCUGUUGACAGUUUGUGGUGUUUAUUGCCAUCUGAUGAAAAAGAACAACUGAAGGAAGUGAGAUAAUUACGUACUAUUGGGACUACUGUGCCUUUUUUUACCAAAUAGGAUGUGUUCAGACGGAAGCAUCUGGUGCUUUGAGUGAACUCGUACUGUGUUUUGAUUGUUUGCUUGUAUUUCACACAUACAAUCAUGAAGGCUAUACGUAGUCAUUUUCAUACACACACACACACACGGCAUCACCCACUCCACAGUAUCAUCAACUAUGUACUGAUUAAUAACCAGUGUCCAGCUCUGGCAUGUACAGUAAAUCUAAACUGCCUACAUCACCAGCUUUCACACACACACACACACACACACACACACACACACACACAGCAGUGGCCACCGGUCAUCGUGCUGUGGUGCACCUUCCUUUGGGGAUUUUUCUUUUGCUUCAGAUCAAUAGAUGGUCAGACUGAGCGGCACUUAAAGUUGGUUCUCUUAAAAAAACUUGAAAAACAGUAUCUAAUAAAUGUAACCCUCUACUGCUGCUAUUUGAUAAUACCACUUGUGAUUUAGAUGUUUGAUUGGAGGCUCUCUCUCUCUCUCUCUCUCUGUCUUUCGGUGUGGAAAUCUGCUCACAAUAAUCUUGUAGAUGGAUGAAAAUGAAUAGAAAAUAUUUAACUAAAGUAUUUUUAAAUUAUAUGAGUGGUUCAUAUGCUAUUAACAAACCCACAGAGGGGGAUGCGUGAUAUCGAUGUGUCAGACCUCCUUCAUAAAAAAGCACCACAUGUGAACACAGAGCCACUGGCAGCCUCCAUGUUUCUGGAGUGUGUAAACUGUCCGCCACAGGUUCAGCAGUCAGUCAGUCUGUCUGUCUGUCUGUCUGUCUGUUCUGUCCGACUCCUUUGCUUCGUUCUGUCUUCAAAAGAAAACGACAGUACGUCGCAUCAGACACUGACUCACUGAUCUCAGACUGAGGGGGCGUCUUCCACCUAAUUUUAUACGUUUGUUGUACGACAGACAAACCAAUUGCACUUAUUUUUCAUUGUUUAUUGUAUGUUUUCUUCUGCUGACUGGUCAGAAAUAAUAUGUCAUUGUUUGUUUUUCGCUGCCUUCUUCUUACACUACAAAAGCUGACUGUAGUUGCCCCCCUUGUCUCCCCUCCCCCACUCUGCUCUUACCCUCUUUUCCUUCAUCUUCCUCAAUCCCGUUAGUAUGAUUUCUUUCUAAAAAACUAAACUCCCGUUCCUCCAUCUUAACUCUGUGUUAUUCUUCUGACUACUUUUCAAUAAUGAUACUAAAGGAAAAAGUCUUUUAAUAAAUAAAUGACACGUUUUUUGAAA